AUGACGGCCUUUGUGAACACCAUCGUGGCCACCAACUUUGGCAGGAUUCGUGGACAAGGCGAUCUUGCAGAUAUCUCUCUCACCUCCAUGCUUGAGGCCGAGAUGUCCUCCAGGGAAGAGCUGACUAUUCACCCAGCCCCUGUCUUCCAUCCUCCCCCCGCUGUUGAUGAGGGUGUCGAGGGCGAUGUCCGCAUGCAGGAAUUGGACGACUCUGCUUGCCCUGCCUCCCCCUCUCGCAUCCCUGCUUCCAAGAAGCACAAGGGUGUUGAUUGUCCAGUGCCACCUCCUCAGAAGAAGAAGAGCAAGGUUGCCUACUCUUGCCCUGGUCCGCCUCCGCUGAUCAAUCGUGCUACCAAACCCAAGUCUUGUCUGACGACGUGGGCAGGGAUUGCACGACAGGCCAUGCCGAUGCCUCCCCCGCCUCCUGGCUUGGGACCGCAGCGUCGUGGGCCUUCCCCUCCCCCUGCAUUCCCAACGGGUCCAAUGAAGACUUCGCUUCAUCAGUCUGUUCCUUCUUUUACUUCUGAGGGCCCCACCCAGAAGCAGGUUCUUGUGUCAUUUGGGGGUACCCCUCCCGACUUCACGAAAUUCUUCACCAAGUUGGCCGUCCAUGCGGCCAACGGAUACCUCAGGGAUGGCCAUUCCAUGUUGAAGGUCACCUCCAUUGUCCACACCUACGACAGCCUGUCGUUGGUCACCCCUGCUGUUGCCAGCCCAUCUGACCUGGACAUCCUGCGCAACUUCAUCCAUGAAAGCCUCCCAACGGGUACCCCAUUUGAGGUUGCACUCCUGUCAUCGACAUCUUUUAUUAAGAUCCUCAAUGUUCCUUACUUUGACCCCAAAGGGCUGAAGAUCACCCAGGAGGCGCUUGAAAAGGCCCUCCGUACCUCGGUUCAUGCUGAGGUUUUCGCGUAUCUGAGCACCAAGCCUCGGAUCGGCUGCAACUCGGCGCACUCUACCUUGUGCACCAUCUACUGCAAUCUUUGGGACUCCCAGCAGAGGACCCGCACCAAGAAGGCCCUUGGCCAACCGAUCUUCCUUGCUGGGCGGUCCUGUGCAAUCAGGCCAGCCGUGCGACACACCGGGGUUCCACUUUGCCAGCGAUGCUGGAAGUGGGGCCAUCCUACCGUCGCCUGUAAGGCAAAGCAACUCUUCUCCCCUAUCUGUUCAGGUCUGCAUGAGCAGAAGGAGCACCGCCAACAUGCGGGAUGUUGCAAGGGGAACGCGAAAGCAAAGACCCCUGUGCUGCCCACCCCUCACGACCAGCCCUGUCCCCACAAGGGCCACUGCAUCAACUGCCACAAGGACCACACCGCCAACUUGGCUUUGUGCAAGUUCUGGGCUCAUUGUUACGACCGUGAGUGGAUCAUGGCCAAAUAUCAUCAGGUACAUGAGCAUGCUGCUCGCCACCAACUUACUAACCCCCGAACCUAG